GGAAAGGAGGGUUCUCAUCCAUCCUUGAGAUGUUCAUUUAUGACUGAGAGACAGAACUCAGAAAGAAGGGAGUGUGUACUGAUUUAUACGAGUGGAUCUUGGUUGUGAGCAUCAGCAUGGCACAGUGGUGGACUUUACUCACUGUUGUUUACCUGUGCAGCUACUGUGCUGCCAGUCAGCACCACAGGAAAGCGCUGUACCCAUCUGCAUACAGGAUAAAACGGGGAACAUAUUCACUGAUCAACCCCACAUUCCAGCACUCAGUGGAGGACAUCAAGCUGCUUUUUGAGAUUCUGCUGGCUGGAAUGCAGAUCCAAGGUGAUGAACACACCCUGCUGAUCCCAGAUGAGGAGUUGGCCUCCCUGAGAAGUGUGGAAAAGCUGGAAGUCAUCUGUGAGGAAGUACUGCCUAAAAGGCUCUCCGACAUCAGGCGUCUGACGGCUGAGCUCAGCCAGCGGCGCCAACCUCUGAGCUGGCAGGACUUUGAGAGGACAGUACUGACGUUAGUGUACACCACUCAGACCCUGGCUCGAAUCACCAACAAGCACCAGAAAGAGUUGUGGACCGACACCCUAAUCCAGCUGUUCCAAGCUCUUCAAAAGGAUCUCAAACCCUUUUGAGGAAAGAAGAAGUUGUACAUAUUUUUUUCAGUAGUGGAGAUGCCGUUUAUCCAUGCCAUUUCCAGUGUCCUGCAAAGUUUAAAAACAAAUUUAAUUUUUAUAUUGCUUUUUAUAUGAAACUAUUUGUAUAUACAAAUACAAAUAUCAAAAAAAAUGUAUAUAAAAUUAUAUAAGCAAUGUAAUUUUUAACCAAAAAAUGUAACUAAACUCAGGGUCCAAACUCACUUUUAUCAGCGCUUUCAAGCUUGACUUCCAGUCUUCCUUAGCUGACUGGGCUAAUUCCAAUUAAGAGCUCAAACCACAAACUCCUGAAAAGUUAUAUCAUGUGCUUCUGUUUUGUUUUGUUACCCUAUGUGAGGUAAAUAAUAAAAUUUUAAUUCUCAACAGAUCAGCGUAUCUUACUUUUCUAUAAACUUAUUUAAGCACAAGUUUAGUUCAAGCAGACCUCAAGGUCCCAAUACAUCAGCUCAUAGCUGAAAUGUCAGAUGAUAUGGGCUUGUAGAGAUCGGCUGCUCUCACUUUCCUGGAUUUUCUUUCUGAUCAUGGAAGUCCAUAGCAUUAAAUGAGACUC